AUGGAGCAGAAAUACACACUUCCGAGAAACCAACUUAUUGAUUCGGGGAUCAUAACCCCAUCCAUCUUAGACCGCGGUGCGUUUCUGAUAUUUAACAAGGCUUUGACGGAGCCAAUGUUAGUACUAGCCCAGGUUACUACUUCACUUCAGUUCAGACUUCAGACUCUCACCAAUAUAGAGAAAGAUGUUGGAGAAGAGAUUGAUGAUGAUAAAGAAACAAAGCAUUUGAAGUCCCUAGAAGGAGCUGAAUCUCUCCAUCUCUUCCAAAUUGAUCUUCUGGACUAUGAUUCUGUGUUUGCAGCCAUUAAUGGCACUGUUGGUGUUUUCCAUUUAGCUUCUCCUUGUACUGUUGAUACAGUUGAUGACCCUCAGAGGCAAUUGUUGGAUCCUGCAGUAAUGGGAACGAUGAAUGUGCUUAAAGCAGCAAAGGAAUGUGGAGUGAAACGAGUUGUGUUAACUUCAUCGAUUUCGGCGAUUACGCCCAGUCCUAAUUGGCCAGCUGAUGUACCUAAAAGAGAGGAUUGUUGGGCUGAUCUUGAUUAUUGCAAGAAAAAUGGAGCGAGUUUUUCUGUUCACUUUGGAGUGUUACAGAAUGUUUCUUACUUGUUUGAUUUUAGUCCAUUUCACUUAAUUAGUCGAAUAUGUCCGAUUUGA